CCUCGUCCGUCCGUUCCCAUUCCCAACAUUUGGCAGGUUUGUUCUGUAAUUGUGUCUGAACUCUGUAGUGCGAAUAUGGCGUUGUGUUUGUGUUGCGUGGCUUCAACAACCAAAACAAUUGCCCAAAUGUUGCCUCAAUUCACUCUUAUUUCUUCUUUAACCCUCCUUUUCUCCACCAUUUCCAUCGCUGAUUCCACUUGAUUUCAAAUUUGAUCCUCAAGGUUGGGAACUGAACUGGGUUUGUGGAUAUGGAGGAGGGUCAUCGGGAUGUGGCUGGGAAAGUGGUGGUCGUCGCCAUCAAAGCCACCUCGAAGGAUGUUUCGAAGGCUUCUCUCCUUUGGGCUCUCACUCAUGUUGUUCUGCCUGGAGAUCAUGUUAAGCUCCUUGUCGUUAUCCCUUCUCAUCACUCAAAUAAAUGGAUGCAAGGAUUUUCUCGACUUACCAGCAACUGUGCGAUCGGUCAUCUAAGAACCCCAUCAAGAACUUCUUCAGAUCGGAAGGAUGACAUUGUGCAUUCAUGUUCUCAAAUGGUACAGCAGCUUCAUGGUGCAUAUGAUCCACUGAAGAUAAGAGUCAGAAUCAAAGUUCUUUCUGGUUCGGCUCGGGGUACGGUGGCUACCGAAGCUAAGAAAGCUCAAUCAAACUGGUUGAUAUUGGAUAAACAUUUGAAAGAUGAAAGGAAAAACUGUUUGAAAGAGCUGCAAUGCAAUGUUGUUCUAUUGAAGAACUCUCAGCCUAAGGUUCUUCGUUUGAAUUUGAUGGAAUCCCCUAAAAGGAACACUAGAGAAGCUUUGAUAUCAUCACAUGAAUUAGAUAUAUCUCAGAAGUGUCUUAAAAGCUAUUUCGAUGAAUCAACCAAGUUUAGCGCUCGUGACUCGACUCCCGACGGUACUCCUGAUGUAGUGUCUCCUCUUAAAGUAACGGAUAUUGGAACAUCAUCGAUAUCGAGCUCAGACGUGGGCAGUUCAUAUUUGUUCUCUGGGAUUUGUGGUAGCUUGAGAAAUUUGUCUGGAUCAGAAUGUGAUUCUGAGAGUGAAAAGCAAACUCCCUCAGUUUCAUAUUUCCAGCAAUAUGCUAUGAAAGAAUCACAAUAUGUUCAUCAUAGACCUCCGGUUUCGACACGCCAAGAUCUGGUCAAGAAAACGUCUACUCGUUCUCUAGAGCUUAGCACUGAUGUGGUGAAUCGAAAUAGCAAUAUUAGCUCGAGCAGAAACAUAAGGAACAUGGUUUUGAUAUCCCAAAAAUCGCCUCUUGGCCCUCCUCCACUCUGUUCAAUGUGUCAACACAAGGCCCCUGCAUUUGGGAAUCCUCCAAGAUGGUUCACUUAUGCAGAACUUGAAGUUGCUACAAGUGAGUUUGCACAAACAAAUAUUUUGGCUGAGGGUGGAUUUGGAUCCGUGCACCGAGGCAUCUUACCCGAUGGGCAAGUCGUUGCUGUCAAGCAAUAUAAACUGGCUAGUACUCAGGGAGAUCAAGAAUUUUGUUCGGAAGUCGAGGUCUUAAGUUGUGCGCAACAUCGAAACGUCGUGAUGCUCAUUGGAUUUUGUGUGGAGGGCGGAAGAAGGUUGCUUGUUUAUGAAUAUAUUUGCAAUGGAUCUCUUGAUUCCCAUCUUUAUGGAAGAAAUCGCGACCCACUGAAAUGGUCUGCACGACAAAAGAUUGCAGUUGGAGCUGCUCGAGGUUUGAGAUACCUUCAUGAAGAAUGUAGAGUUGGCUGUAUUGUACACCAUGAUAUUCGACCAAACAAUAUUCUCCUUACUCAUGAUUUCGAGCCACUAGUAGGAGAUUUUGGGCUGGCAAGGUGGUCGCCGGAUGGCGACCUAGCAGUAGAAACCAGAAUCAUUGGUAGAUUUGGCUAUCUGGCUCCAGAGUAUGCACAGAGUGGCCAAAUCACAGAGAAAGCUGAUACAUACUCAUUUGGUGUAGUCUUGCUGGAACUCGUGACGGGGCGCAAAGCGAUCGAUUUAAAUUGUCUCAAGGGCCAGCAGUGCCUCACUGGAUGGGCACAAAACCUGUUGCGUAAAGAUGCAAUCUCCGAACUAGUAGAUCCAUGCUUGAGGAACUGUUAUUCGGACGAGGAAGUUCACCGCAUGCUGCAAUGUGCUUCCUUGUGCCUCAAGCACGAUCUGUACGUAAGACCGCGUAUGUCUCAGGUGCUUCGGGUUUUGGAGGGCGACGUCGUUUUGUAAACCAGCAGCCAAGCCAUACCCAGGAGAAAGCUUGCAGGAAAACUUUGUAGUCUUGUAUCAUAGGUUAAUUAGGCUGAUAUAAUAUAAAUGGAUGGCCUUAUUAGAACUUA